UGAUCUGAACGAAAUAUCGCUGCACUUUGUAUUUUUCCCCAAGGAUGGGUGAAAGCUUUGGAUCGGUUUUUAUUUUCUGCAAAAAUAAUGGCGUUCUUGUUAAAUAGGAUGAUGAAACGAUGUCCUCUGUCUCGCUGACCUGACUCAUCGCCGUCGCUCUGGACUGUUUAUGAUUUUGUUUUUAGUUUUCACAAAAGAUCUUUGCCCCUCAUGCAAAUAUCGCACGACAAAUGCGAAUAAUACUGAAUGCUAUUGGGUUGAACGAGUGAUGUUAGUUUAUUGUGCUCAGACGGGAAAUGCUGGUCUCAAGGAUGUGACUCGACGGGAAUACGGUUCAGUGAUUUGCCAUUCCAGCCCGAGCGCGUCCUAAUCGCUCAUGAUGCACAGAGGUUUACGGAGACUCGUGCACCUGGUGCUGUUUUGCCCUCUGUCGAAGGGGCUGCAGAGUCGUCUCCCGGUGUUAAAGGUGAAGUACCUGCUGCUGGCCUGGUUGGGUAUCCUGGUGGCCAGCUGGGUCCUCUACAUGCAGUAUGCCUCCUACUCCGAGCUCUGCCGAGGACAUGUCUGCCACAUGGUCAUCUGUGACCACUACAGAAGCGGCAUUGUCUCAGGGUCAUCCUGCAAGGCCCUAUGUGAGGAAAGGACUCUGACCCUGCAGCGAUGCAUGUCCACCUCCUCCACACAUCAGGUGUACAGUGGUGUGUGGAAGGAGAGGCCUGUGGUCAUUAAGUGUGGUCUGGAGGAGCCUCUGAAGGGAGACGGUGCUCCUGACUCUGUACUGAGACAGGAAAUGACCCUGUUUGACAAGCCCACCCGCGGGACCUCCAUGGACGAGUUCAGAGAGAUGCUGCACAGCUUUCUGAAGUCUAACCUAGGGGAGCAGCCCUCUCUCACCACCUUGGUAGGGCGUGUCAUCACCCUGGCUGACGUCAACAAGGACGGCAAGGUGUCCCUGGCCGAGGCCAAGUCUGUGUGGGCUCUCCUCCAGAUUAACGAGUUCUUGCUGAUGGUGGCUCUGCAGGAGAAGGAGCAUACCCCUAAACUGUUGGGCUUCUGCGGUGACCUGUACGUUACUGAGCGCGUGAGCCACAGCUCCCUCUACAGGCUGGAGGUCCCCAGCUACCUGCAAGCGUUAGUCCCGGAGGCCCUAAGCUCCAGGAUGAACCAGUGGCUGGCCCCGGCGUGGCCCCGGAGGGCCCGCAUCACCAUCGGCCUGCUGGAGUUCAUAGAAGAGGUGUUCCACGGGGCAUAUGGCAGCUUCCUGAUGUGUGACGCCAGCCCGCGCCAUGUAGGCUACAACUUCAAGUACGACUGCAAGAUGGCCGACCUGCGCAGUGUGGCGUCUGAGACGGCGGUCCGUGGGUUCCUGCGGGGGCGUCACUGCGAGACCAACGCUGACUGCACCUUCGGGAGUGACUGCACGGCCACCUGCGAUAGGUUGGUGAAGCAGUGUAACACGGAAGUGGUCCAGCCCAACCUGGCCAAGGUGUGUGUGUUGCUACAAGACUACCUGCUGUUCGGGGCGCCCCAGGAUCUCCGCACAGACCUGGAGAAGCAGCUCCGCACCUGUGUGACGCUCAGCAGCCUGGCCAGCCAGAUGGAGGUGCACCACUCAUUGGUCCUCAACAACCUCAAGACCCUGCUGUGGAAGACCAUCUCUAACACACAGUACUCCUGAGGACCACAGAGAUACUAGGAUCCUGGGUCAUAUUCAUUAGAAAACUUGACUCAGGGGUAGAGGUAACAUUCAUUUGUGGAUGUCCAUCUGUUUCAUAUUUCAAUUUGUGGCCAAUGUUAGCUAGGUGACAGUUAUGCUAAGUAGUUGAACAUGAGCGUUAAACACACACCCAGCUACCUUGUUUUUUUGCCUGGCGUGUCCCGGAUUUGUUUACUGUUACAUCUAGUCAGGCACGCUGGGCUCCUGAGUGGCGCAGCAUCUGUGCUGGAGGGGGCAGGUGCACAAUUGGCCAUCAUUGUAACAUAAGAAUUUAUAUAAAGCUAAUUUGAUGUUGAUAGUGUGUGCCCUGAUGAAUACAACCCUGGAGUCCCCCCAAUAGAACUUCAACCAGGGCAAAACUACAGGACCCGCCGAUAAGUGAAGCAUGUCCAAACUCUACGUCAUUUACGAGGUACUUGUACUUUUCUUAGAGCCAUACUGAAGGUUGAUGUAUGCUCUGGGCCUUG